CUGUAACUCACAGCUGAUGAGCGUCAGGUGAAUGUAUGAAUAUCUGAAGACGAUGGGAUGAUAUGAAAGAAUGUGUAAGCUUGUUUUGGAUUACAUUCCUGAUCAACUCUGAAUGGGAAUACUCAGCAGACAACCUGUGAUGGAAGAUUAACAUUAAGCGUCUUCUCAUCAGCAUUGACAACAACGGUAGAAUCUAUAAUAACUUUAAGUCCUGAGGAGCGAGCUUUGGUAAAGGUUCUUCCACAAUGAGAGACCGCUUGGAAGAGCUGCAGCAAAGGGUUCAAGACAUUUCUGAGGCAGCGGGUGAGAAUACCAGCCCUUUCUCAGUGGAGGUGGAUAAUGGUGACUCUGUGGCGGUCAUCACACCACAGGCAGUGCUGUUUGAAGAAGAGCCGAUGAUUAAGAAUUUCCUCUCUGAAGCUCAAAAAAUCAGAGAUGAGAUCACAGUGCUGGACAUAGAGGUUCUUAAGUUUGGCCAGCAGCAAAAGACCCUGGUGGCAACCAUGCGUCGUUUCAGUGUGAUGAAGAAAGAAAGCAGUAUAACCCGCGACAUCAAGCUCAAGGCAGAGAGCAUCCAUCGACGCUUAGACACCCUUUCAAAACAAGUCCAAAGGACUGAGGACCAGCAGGGAUCUAACGCUGUUACAACGAGAAUACAACGCUCCCAGCAUGCAGUGCUGCACUGCAAAUUCCAGCAGGUAAUGCUGCAGUAUAAUGAAGGUCUGCUGACGAAGCAGGAGCGCUGUAAGCAUUUCAUUAUCCGGCAGCUGGAGGUAUCUGGAAGGGAUGUGACAGAGGAGGAGGUGAAUGAGAUGGUGACCACAGGAAAAUGGGAGGUGUUCAAUGAGAACCUGCUGAAUGAUGCCAGAAUCACACGAUCACAACUAUCUGAGAUUGAACAGCGACACAAGGAGCUGUUGAGUCUGGAGAACAAUAUGAAGGAGCUGAGGGACCUGUUCAUGGACAUUUUCAUGUUGGUGGAGGAACAAGGGUCCUACAUUGAACACAUCCAGACCAAUGUAGAAAGGACACAGGAUUAUGUGGUUGCAUCUAAUGAGAAGUUCAAGAUGGCCGCCAGAUACAAGAAGAAGAACCCACUUCGACAGCUGUGCUGCUGCUGCUGCCCUCCCUGGAAAUGCUGCUUUUAAAAUAAAAUGUUUACCUAAACAUUUUUUCCCAAAUAACAUUUUAUUUUAAAAGUCUCACUUACCUGUUUGGAAAAAAACAACUUUGGAUUCAAGUAUGAAGUGAAGGUUAUUAUGGCAUUACAGUUUUUUUCUGUUGAACAGUGAUGACGGUGAAGACGGAUUCAACAGAGCAUAGAAAACAAUUAGGGGGGAGAGCCAGAAUUGGUAUUUGAGGCACUUGUUUCUUUCAAGAGGAUGUGAGGCGACGGCUAUUGGAAGAGACAGUUCAGUGAGUGCUACUCACUAACACUGCCGCUUAUUGGAGACCUUCACUGUCAACUGACAGAGGUCACAAACAAGCGGAGACCACUGCCUCUGCCACUGCUGGGUCAGCAAGACAGAGUUAUUUUCUUCCAUCUCUAGUUAAGGACAAUUUAUUUUUUUAUACAGUACGUGCACUUUAAGUCUAAUCUAUUUUUUUUAGUAACGUAGUGGAGAAAGAUUCUCUUUCCAAGAGAUUUUCAGCUUUUAUGUAUUCAUUUCAUUCUUAUUCCACAUGCUGAUGAAAACAAAACUUGUUUUACAAUUAGUCACUAGUCUCAUUUGCAUUUCAAAGUAUGGUAAUUCUUUGGAUGAAAAAAAUAUUAUUCCUUUAUUCGGUUUCACAGAGGCAGAGAUUCAAAGCAAAACUUUGAAUAACGAGCCUUGAUCAAAAUAUUUUCGCCAUGGUAACAAAACUGCAGAAAAUCGUUGAAGUGAUUAGUUUAAAAAAUAAGAUUUGAAGUCCUACUUUUGAGGAAAUAUUGAUUUUUUUUUUUUUGC